CCUCUUUUCUCUUUUUCUUAAUUUCAGAAGGAAACAAAAUUACAUCUCUUCGCUUCUCAGAAAUCAAUACGUACUAUAUAAACUGCUUCAAGUAGUCACGUCGAACUACCAGUAUCGUUUCAAACCAAAGUCUUAACUAAAAUAAAAAAAAAUGUCUACAACAGCAACGUCAGCCGAAGACGAAAGAAGGAAUCUUUAUUUUGCCUCUUUAUGUGAGCAGCUUUAUAACCCAAAGUCACCUGAAGAACGUAUUCAGGUGCAAAAGUUACUUGAAAAAUCGUUUCCCACCUUCAGUGAUACUGCAUCUUCUAAUCCUGCGCCUAUAUCAACACCUGAUCAACCUAGUUUCGUGAUUAAUAAUCCUACAGAUACGGCUAAUGCAUUGCGUAUGUUGUUGGAGAGUUCACCGAACCCAUAUGUACAAUCUUUCUGUUUAUCCAGGUUGAAACAAUUGGUUCAGGCGCAAUUUUCUAUAUUUGACCAAGAGACAAAAGUUCAAUUACGUUCUUUCCUGCUUAAUUACGCGUUCAUGCAUCCUGAUUUAUUACCUUUCAUUAUCAGCCAAUUGGCUAGUGUGCUGGCUAUCAUUACUCUAAUGGGCUGGGCAGACAUCGAGCAAUACAGACAAGUUUAUGAAUACAUUCAUCAAUUCAUACAAGCUUCUAUAGACCAUCGUAUUGUUGGCAUGCAAAUCUUAUCCAUUAUGAUCCAAGACAUGAACCCACCGAGUUUCGUCCGUAGCACAUCAAAAUUCAGAAAAGCAGCGGGUGAAUUCAGAGAUACACAAUUAUUUAAAAUAUGUGAGACAGCCUUUAAAACACUGGAAGAAUUGAUCAAUCAUACAGUUGCAUUCACCAAUCCAAACCAAGAACAGCGUUUACAAGAAGCGGCACUAAAUUUAUUGAUCAAAUGUUUUUCGUACGACUUCAAUGGUACGAGCGCUGAUGAAUCUGGCGAAGAUGUUGGCCUUAUACAUAUACCCUCCUCAUGGAGAUCCUUAUUCGAGAAUCCAGAUUUCUUGAAAACCCUCUACAAAGCAUAUUCCCAAUUUCAGCCUCCAAUUUCUUCAAAAGUCAUGGAAUGUUUAGUACUGGUAUCUGCAGUUCGAAAGACAUUGUUCAGUGAUCAACAGUUGCGCUCUGAUUUCAUCGUAGGGGUCAUGCAAGGCAUUCGCGAAAUUAUCAUGACCUCACAAGGAUUGAAUGAUGUGGAUAACUAUAACGAGUUUUGUCGAUUGUUAUUCCGUUUUCGAGCUACCGUUCCCAUGAACGAAAUGGUAGAGAAAACUGGCUUCAUUGAAUGGAUUGAACUGAUUGCUGAUUUUUCCCUAAGAGCUUUUCAGUCUUGGAAAUUUGCUCCUAAUACGUCCAUGUAUGUACUGGGAUUUUGGUCAAAAAUGAUUCAAAGUACAUCUUAUUACCAACAAUUAGGAAAUCAAGCGCUUGAAAAAUUAGAAGCCAUCAGUGUAGAGCUUGUCAGGGCAUACAUUUCUACUUCGAUUGAAGCUGUUCCUGUUCGUAUUGAUGAAGGGUUAGAUGAUCCCUUAGAAAAUGAAGAGCAGUUAUUAGAAUCAAUGAAUAUGUUGGGUCAUAUUGCUCAUUGUAAAUACGAAGGCGCCACCACUACUUUAAUGCAAAUGUUUGAUCCCAUUACUGUUCAGUACCAAGAAUUGAUUACACAGGCAACACAGAAUACGGUUACUAACAUGGAGGCAUUCAAAGAAGCCUUGGAAGUAAUUGAGACUAAAUUUGCAUGGCUCGUAUACAUUAUGGCAUCCUUUGUGGGUAAUCGAACUGCAUAUCUUAAUUCUGAAGAUUUGGAUAAAUUAGAUAGCGAAAUUACUACCAAGGUCUUGCAGUUGAUGAAUGUACAGCAAUCUUUACAAAGCCAGCAUGGAAAUGCAUUCAUGAAUGACAAGUUGGAUUUAGCUUUCAUUUACUUCUUUUCUCAAUUCAAAAAAUCGUAUAUGAGUGAAGCGAAUGGAAGAGAGAUUUAUGCAAAGUUGACCCAGGUGUUUGGAAUAAGUGAUCAAAUAUCUAUGCUGGAUAUGAUUAUGCGUAAAAUUGUAUCCAACUUACAAUAUUGGGCUAAUAAUGAGCAACUUAUUCGUCGAACAUUGGAGUUAUUCAACGAGCUUGCCUCUGGCUAUGGUGCUUCCAAAAAUCUUCGCAAAAUUGAAACCACACAACUUAUUUUGCAGAAUCAUAUGGAUAGCCAAUUCGCCUUUUGCCAAACCAACGACGACAAACAAAAUGAGAACCGUAUUGUAUACUUUCAAGUUUUGUGUAAGCUUUUAUUUGCUGAAGAUAAUGUAGAUGAGAAGACAUUUGUCGAAUUUAUGAAGCCGUUCGAUUUACGUUUCAACGAUCUGGGUCCAUUGGAUAGUGUGGAAUCUUUCAGACAAGAAUCAACUCGACGUAAUUUGAGGGAUAUAUUCAUUGACAUGUACGGGUUCAUUUCACCUAUACAAGCCAGACGUCACUUUGUGCUUUUCUUUGAUUGGUUUUACGACUCUUAUUCGUCUGUCUUACUACGCGCCAUUGAGGCUUGGUCGCCCGAUCCAAUUGUCAAUCCUUUGCUACUAUUUUAUGGCGAACUUGUUCAUAACAAAUCUCAACGUCUCAACUUUGAGAUUUCUUCUACUAACGGUAUAUUGAUGUUUAAGGAUGCAAGUCAAAUUAUCUGUUCAUUCGGCCAAGGGCUCCUCAAACAGCCUUUAAUAUCUUACAACGAAAGCCAAAAAUAUGAAUAUAAAUACAAAGCUAUUGCAUCCUGUUUUAAUAUCUUGUCAAGAAGUUUAGGUGGCCGCUACGUUAAUUUCGGUGUACUUUGGCUAUACCAAGACAAAGCUAUUAAUGACGCUUUGGAAAUGGUUAUUCAGUUGAUGCUGAAUAUUCCUUUGGAAGAUCUUUUGGCGUAUCCAAAGUUAGCUUUAUCCUACUUCCAAAUGCUAGACGAAUUAGCACGCGAACAACUCAUGGAAUUACCAACCAUUUCCCCUGAAGCUUUCGUUUAUUUAAUGCAAGCUUGUGAACAGGGCAUUGAAUCCUCAGAUACCAUUGUUCGCAGUCAUGCAUGUAGUGCUGUCUUCAGUAUAUGUAGUUUUGCCAUCAAAGAAACCGAAAAAGCCGAAAUUCAGCGCGAUACCGUUACAUCUUCAUCCUCACCUACAGCAUCUCAUAAUAACCUAUCUACGCGCAGACAACGCAGAUCAUCUGCAUUCUUACAACAGCAACAGCAGCAGCACUCACAACAAUCUCACUGGAUUGUUAAUUAUCUACAACAAUUCCCUCAAACUUUACCUACCUUAUUAGCUUGUAUUUUCCAUUUAAUCUUAUUCGAAGACAAUAGUGAUCAAUGGACAUUGUCUCGCCCACUUUAUGCUCUCAUGUUAUUGCAGAGAGACUAUGCGUUCAAAUAUACAAAUGCGGUCAUUGAGCAGCAAUUGCCAGAACGAAGAACAUUUGUAACGAAUGCGCUGAAUAAUUUGUUGGAUGGCGUGGAGUGGACUUUGUCAGCAAAGGAUAGGGAACGCUUUACACAUAAUAUAUCUGGGUUUAGAAGGGUUCUGAAUCUAAACAAUGUGGUUUUGACGCCCUUAUCCUCACCGCCACCUUUCUAGGAUACUUUGGUUCAAUGAAUUGUAUGGAAACUUUAGUAAUACGAUUAGCAGAUCUCUCUUAAUAAUUCAAAUUGACGAAUAAAAUGAAUCAUACAUUCAUCUAGUUUGUGUUGCUUCAAUGUACCCAGUGUUUGCACCUUGAGACUCGUUGAGACUGAAAACGCGGUUUAGAUAUACUUCGUUUAACUACCUACAGAUCACAGUAGAAUAGACACAGUACAUUCUAUCUUUUAUUCCUGAGUGAUUAUAUUUGAACUAAAAAGGCUUUGGAAAAGAGGUGAAACUGAAGCAUCAAGCUGACGUGCUGCAGCAAGAAAGCGCUGUGUUUUGUCUUGACUGACGCGAAGGUCAAAUUGAGGAAAUGCCACUGCGAAAAGCAAACGUAGCAAUGCUCGAUCUGCGCUCUUUAACACAAAGCUGCGCAUAGUGGCGCUUUUUCUGACCUUGUCAGAGAAGUUACAGUCCCUGAGUGAUCGAAAAUGAUGAAGGAUG